AUGCCCUCGUCGUCUCUCCAGUUCACGCACCAGAACCAGGCAUACUCUGGGGGCGAGGUUUCGGUAUCUAAGAACCCGAUCGUCGCAAUGUUUCUUGUGAAAUUCGAUGUGCACACUGGCUACAGCUUGGAAUGGUUUGAAAAGAUUGAUGUCAAGGGCCCGGAGCAAUACUCGUUGGAUAACAUUGAAUUCAAAGCGUUGCCGUCUGGAUUACAUACCAAGGGCUCUGAUGUCAUCUACUUUGUCCAUAGCAAGCCGGGACAGGAAUCCAAAAUCGAUGGCGUUGACAUCUUGUACGGUGUGUCGGUGUACAGUCACAACAUCCAUGACGCGAUCCACUCUAGAGAGGAUGUCAAAAUGUAUUCCUUGGGGGUUUUGGUGGAUCCUGGACUCAACAAUAUGCUCAGCAACAACUCCUCCUUGCCGUCGAAUGUCUUUUCAGACCACUACUUAUCGGCCUGGAAGCCAACUAACUACACGUUGGGUUUUGACUACAUUAGUAAGUUGGGUUUCUGGUUGGCAAAGUUCAUGGAGGGAAAGGGAGAGGCUCUCCUUGAUUACAGUGCAUUCCAUGAGUUCUACGAGUCACACCGCGUGGAUAUUGACAAGAAAUCCAAGGCCAAGCGCAGAAGCUCGUUCCACUCGGCUACCAACCCGUUCCUGGAGCUGUUGUCCGAACACGAUGGCCCCAGAAAGGAGCAUAUGAUCAGUUCGUUGGUACCGUUGAUCCAGGGCUUAGGGCCAUCUAUUUUUACCGUCUGGAAGUAUGCCCUCCUCCGCAAGAGGAUUUUAUUGUAUUCUCCUGCGACGUCAAUCGAGGAGAACUGCGAUUUUUCUUAUUGUCUCUCCAUUCUCUCUACGGUUCCGAAGGAGGUGCUACCAGUGUUGAAGAACAGUGGCUGCAGAUCAGACUUACUCGACUUCUUGAGGUACUACCAACCGUUGUAUAAUAUCGGAAUCAACGAUAUCGAUCAUAUUGAGAGCAUAGACUUGGUCUUCAAGAGCGAUGACGGAAGGGCGAAGAGGCAAGGUUUCGUUGCUACCACUACCGAUGAAAUUAUCCUCUACAAGAGCCAAUUGUACGACAUAUCCGUCACACUUGGCUCCUCCGGACAUAGCGAUCACCAGAGUAUCAUAAGCUCGGCUGUGGUGUCACCUGAGCUACCGAAGGCUACUCAACGGGAUUUGCGUAAGUUGAAGGUUCUUUACGACCAUUACGAUCUCUCCAUCUCCCAUGCUUGCGCUCAAACCGCUUGCAGAGAGGAUGACACGGACAAUUACGACGAGGACGAAAGCUAUGAAUCCUUGCAGAGAUGGUGGGCCAAGGUCUCAGAGCCCGUUACUUGGAGCGAAUUCGCGUGGUCUGGGUUCUUGUGGUGGGCGUCUGCAGGAGAGGCGAACAUCGUGGCUAACGAAAUGGACAGAGAGUAUCUUUCAACCCUAGACCACUCCACCAGCGUAAGUAACCGAUCGAAUCCCUUGGGUGGCCCUCUUUCAUCCGGCCUCGUCGACUCUUUGAAUAUUGUGGGCUACUUCCAGAAUAUGACUAUCAGGAUCUUCUCUAUUAUCACCGAGUUAGUGAUGAACGAGCUUUCUGGGGACGAGCCUGGCUACCAGGAUGAUGAGGACGAGACUCUGCCUCCGUCGAGUGCCCCUGAUAUAGCCCUUUACAUUGAAUCCAACGAUAUUUACGAAAUGGGCUUGGAUCCUUACUCAAUUGGGGAUCACGAGUUUAUUCUGGAGUUGGUGAUGUUGUAUUGGAGCCGCGAGGUCAAGUUCGGUGGCCGUAUCUGUAACGUCCUUUGCUAG